CUUAACUGCUGGGAGCUUGCGGAAUGUAAUUAUAUAGCCAAUAAGUAUAUAAGUGCAACUCGCAAUUUUUCCGCAAGCGCGCACUCGCGCAGUUAACGUCGAACGAGGGAGGAAAAGAGAAAGAGAGAGGACGAACGUAAAGUGUGAUUUGUUGAUAAACAAAGAGGAGGAAGUGUCAGAUAUCAGCUGUUACGGCAGCAGCAGCACCACCAAAAAACAAUAAACGGCUCAGAACUUUCAGCAUACUGUUGAUAUAAUACAAAAGCAGGUACUUAGGUAUAUCGCCAAAGAGGAAUUCUUAGGAUGUUGUUUCAUUGGACAAUGGUUAGUCGUCGAUUUUUCUAAUACAUCAUGCGGGUGGAGGUGGACAGAGCGAGGAAGCGAAGAGCAAAAGACUCGAACAUUUGUAGCACUAAGAGAACAUUUAUAAGCUCACCCGCCAACAAACCUCACAGUAUUAAAUUAUACGUGCAUGAAGUAUAACAAGCACCGACUUAUAAAGAAAAGAGAAAGGCGGAUAUGUAUCUAAGUAUUGUGACAAUUACUUGCCCCAGAGUUUAAAGAAAUGGAAAAUUUCAUUUUGUUUCUGCACAGUAUAAAGUAAAACUUUUUCCUUUUCAUCUCGAUCUAUACUCGGCUCGGUCGUCCUUGACUCUUUCUUGCGGCUCUCUCUCUCUCACUCUUUCCUUCUUCCUCGGUUGUUCUCUGUCGUCAUCGAAAAAUCGAUCCGCUGCUAGCAGAGAACAGGCCAGCUUCACCAGAGGCUGCACAGCUGCAGUGUCAUUGCAAAUCCGCGGUGACAUUUGUUCGACAAUGACACUGAACAGUCUUAUUUGUUGGUACCAGAAGAAAAUUGGCACUUAUGAUAAACAACUGUGGGAAGAGACUGUGGAGCAGAAAAUUUUUUCUAGACUUACUCAUGUUCCUAUGAAGUCGGCAAAAUUCAAAACAGAACUCAUAGAUGUUGAUUUUGUCAGAGGCUCAACUUAUCCAAAAGUUCCAAAUCAUGGACUGGUGACGGUUGCUUAUUUAGCAAUUUUAAGACUGCUUAUUUUACCGUUGACCGCGCGAUGGUGGAUUCAACAAACAAGCUUUCGCAUUUAUAUUUUUUUCUUACUACUUUACGGCUUUCAGAUGCUUAAUAUUUAUAUAUACUUUAGUCACUACAACACUGAAAAUGAAACUGAGAAUGUCACAAUGUCAGAAGUAUUAAUACCUACAGCAAUGAUGUUAAUAUUAUGUAUGGUACACUCUCAAAUAGUAUCAACAAAUUCUGGUCCAAUAAUGUCUCACAAAUAUGAUAAACAAAGAACGCGACGUUCCAGGCAUAGUAGAUCUUCUCUUAGUAAGCCAAGAACAAGAAAGAAUAUGCGAGAGAACAAAGAAACAAAAACUAUUAAAGAUAAGGUAGCAGUGAGGUUUGCUAAUAAAUUAGUUAAUGAAACUUGUACAGUGAUAAGUAGUUCUAGUGAAAUGCAAGAAGUUGUUUUGAAUGACGGAAGAGUAUACUCAGAAAUUAAAUCAAACCUUUCUGCUAAUUCACAGCAGCUGAUUGUCGAAAAAGAAUCAGAUAGUUUAGGAGAAAAUCGAGAAAAUGAAAAUAAUACUCCUCAGGAUGACGAUGGCUUUGAGAGUUUGAAUGGGAAUGGUUCAAGUGAUAAUGACAGAGAAAUAUCGAAAGUUGAAAUGGAGGACAAUCAAGUUGAAAAUAUGACUAAGGAGAAAAAAGAUAGCAGAACUUCAGGGCAAGCAAAUUUUCGUUGUAGAAUAUCUGCUCCAGAAGUUUGUAAGAAAAAGCAGGAUUUUUCUGAUAAAGAUUUAGAUGAUUAUGAUAGCCCAAGUAGCGAGCAUCUCUCAAUGCAGAGUUCGAGAGACGGAAGAAAAUAUUGCGAUAGCGAAGAAGAAGGUGAUUGCGAAGAAAUAACAAAUCAUCUUAUGGACGCAGCUACUUCCGACGCGGAAUGGAUGGAAGUUGCAACAAAUAGAGAUGAAUGUAGUUAUAGUUCUGAAUUCGAAGAGUCUGACUGCCAAAGCGAUACUGGACUGAAUUAUGAGGAAUACCUAGAGUACCCCUUUGUAUGUGAAUUUGAUGUUCCCCCAUCAGUUCUCUUGAGCCCUUGUGCUUCUCACGAAAGAGUUUCAUGCACAAUAUGGACCCACAAGGACGUUAAGAAAGCAGAGCUUUCGGUGCUUGACAUUAGUUACGCCAUUAUUUCCAAAGUAGAAUCCCUGUCGAGUAAUUUUUAUUCCGGGCUUGUACUCGCCAUCCUGUUGUCCCUUGUGCCUUCCUUUCGACGAGUCAGCAAUCAUUUUGGAGUAGAUUCGGUGAACAACACCACUGUUGGUUCAGUAAUGCUCGGCGAAUUAACGUUACUUAAUCAUCAAACCCUCCCUAAUGUGAUUUGCGAAAUAAUCGACAUUGCUUUUGGCUCAACGUGGACGGAUCGGUUACUGAUCUGUUGUUCGGCAGUUGAGAGGUUUGUUUUAUCAUCCCUGUUGUUUUUUCUAUUAGCAGUUGCCGAGCGAACGUACAAACAGCGACUGCUUUAUGCUAAACUGUUUUCUCAUUUGACGUCGUCCAGACGGGCGCGAAAGUCUGAUUUACCACAUUUUCGUUUGAAUAAAGUUAGAAAUAUUAAAAUAUGGCUCAGUGUACGAUCAUAUCUUAAGAGAAGGGGACCUCAGAGAUCGGUCGAUAUUAUCGUAUCCUCGGUAUUUAUCAUCACAUUGAUUUUAUUGUCAUUCGUUUCAUUUGAAUUGAUAAAGGACCUUGACAGUUGGAGCUACAAUUUUGAAGCGAUUUUUUGGAGCUUUACUUUCGGGGUAUAUAUUUUAAGAUUUAUGACACUUGGUACAAAAAUACACAAAAAGUAUCGAAAUCUCUCUGUUCUAAUUACUGAACAGAUAAAUCUUUAUUUACAAAUUGAACAGAAACCCCACAAAAAGGAAGAGCUCAUGGUUGCUAAUAAUGUGUUAAAGUUGGCAGCAGAUCUGAUAAAAGAGCUAGAAAGUCCGUUCAAAAUUUCUGGAUUAUCGGCCAAUCACCGGUAUGUUCUUACCAUCACAAAAGUUGUAUUGUUAUCGGCCCUGUCCGGAGUAUUUUCUGAGUUGUUGGGAUUUAAAAUUAAAAUUAAGAUUAAAUAAAUUAAAAUGAUUGUACGAAAAAUGACACAUAUAUGUAUAUAU